AUAAUAAAUAAUAUACUAAUUAGACAUGAAGACCAAAAAGGAAAAAACUUUGAAUCAUUUAAUUUGUGGAGUGACAAGGUACACAGUACAAUGAAAUAGGCGUAAUGCAGGGAAUAGAAUCUUCAACAUUCAAUGUUUCUCUUUCUAUCUCUCUCUUCUUUCUCUCUCUAUUAUCUAAUUUUUAAGCAUCAUCAUAGUUGAAAUUCACUCAUUUUUUUCGGUAGCAAAAUCAAAACCCUUUUUGGGUUCUUUUCAUUCUUCAGCAAUAUCAAUAAAAAAAAAACGCAGCGUACCCAUAACGAAUCAAAUCCCAAAGUUCGAUUUUUUUUGUGGUUGCAAUUCCAAGAUUUCACCUUUCGUGUUCGUGUAAUCUAUCGAACCAAUUUUCAUAGAUGGCUGAAAUUGAAGAAAUUGGACCUGAUGUUUGCUCAGAUUUAGAUGUUGACGAUAUCAGAGAUCAAAACAUACCGGAGAAAGAUGUUAGUGACGAAGAUAUUGAACCGGAAGAUUUGGAGAGGCGGAUGUGGAAGGAUCGUAUCAAACUCAAAAGGCUCAAGGAAAAACAAAAGCUUGAAGCACGGCAAGCUGCAGAGAAGCAAAAGCCAAGGCAAUCAUCUGAUCAAGCUCGUAGGAAGAAAAUGUCGAGGGCACAAGAUGGGAUUCUUAAGUAUAUGCUGAAGCUCAUGGAAGUCUGCAAAGCUCGUGGAUUUGUGUAUGGAAUCAUUCCUGAGAAGGGGAAGCCAGUAAGUGGUUCCUCUGAUAACAUCAGAGCUUGGUGGAAAGAAAAGGUCAAAUUCGAUAGGAAUGGUCCUGCAGCCAUAGCCAAGUAUGAAGCAGAGUGUCUUGCUAUGAUUGAGGCUGACAAUAACCGAAACGGGAACCCUCAGAGCAUGCUCCAAGACCUGCAAGAUGCAACUCUCGGGUCGCUCUUGUCUUCUUUGAUGCAACACUGUGAUCCUCCUCAGAGGAAAUAUCCGUUGGAAAAGGGUGUUCCCCCGCCUUGGUGGCCUACCGGGAAUGAAGAUUGGUGGUUACAUUUGAAUUUACCUCAUGGUCAGGGUCCUCCUUACAAGAAACCUCACGAUUUAAAGAAGAUGUGGAAAGUGGGAGUGCUAACUGCUGUGAUAAAACACAUGUCACCUGAUAUCGCAAAAAUAAGGAGGCACGUCCGCCAAUCAAAAUGCUUGCAAGACAAGAUGACGGCAAAGGAAAGUUCAAUUUGGUUGGGGGUAUUAAGUCGAGAAGAAGCUCUCAUUAGGCAGCCUAGUAGUGAUAAUGGUACGUCUGGAAUAACCGAAAUGCCAGUCGGUAUUCCUAUUGAGAAUAAGCAACCUGGUACUAGUAGUGCAAGCAACUAUGAUGUUGAGAACUAUGAUGUUGAUGUUACUGACGAUGGCGUUGGUUCUGUUUCUUCCAAAGAAGACAGGAGCAAUCAGUUUAUGGAUGCCGAGCCAUCAGAUAACUUGCGCAGGAGUUCUGUCAAAGACACAGAUAGAGCUCAAAAACCUAGAAAGAAACGACCACGUUCAAGGUCAAAAGCAGCCAACAAAUUACCAGCGCAAUCUGACAAUGAAAUUUUAAAUGUUGAACCUAUAAGCAAAGUGCCCAACAUCAAUGGAAGAGAAGCACAUGCAGUUGGACUCCUCCGGAUUCAUGGAAAUGAACAGGUCAAUGGAACUGAUUCUGUUUUGAGACUGCCUGAAAGAGGACACGAGGUGCCAGUUCAACUAGCAGCACCCGAGUUUGAUCAUUACUCUUAUAUGCAUGCAAACAACGUAAUGUCUCCAGAAAGCGUGUAUAUGAGUGGAAGGCCAUUGCACUAUCCUCACUUGCAAAACCCUCCUGACAUGCCUCAUGAAGAUACUUAUAUCUUCAAUACAGUCGGAGGAGGAUAUGGUCCUAGUCAGGAUGGGCCGCAUCAACAUCUGCAGCCCGGUCCCGCUGCGAACAUUGAACCAGGAUAUGGUCCUAGUCAGGAUGGGCCACAUCAGCAUCUGCAGCCCGGUCCCGCCGCAAACAUUGAACCAGGAUAUGGUCCUAGUCAGGAUGGGCCACAUCAGCAUCUGCAGCCCAGUCCCGCCGCAAACAUUGAACCAGGAUAUGGUCCUAGUCAGGAUGGGCCGCAUCAGCAUCUGCUUCCUAGUCCUGUUGCAAACAUUGAACCAAUUAGGCAACCAGAGAAUGCUGCAAUCACUAUGCCUCCAGCACAUAUGAGAGGUGAUGAAAUUACUGGAGGAGACAUGAAUUAUUUUGCUAAAGACGCAUUCCAAAACGAGCUCGAUAGGCCUAUAGAACCUUUCUUUGGAUCACCAAUCAGUAACAUGCCAUUUGAUUUUGGAGGCCUUAACAGUCCACCGUUCCAUUUAGAUGAUUUCUUGGGUGAUGAUGAGAUGAUUCAGUACUUUGGAGCAUAGAAGAUUAUUGAAACUAGUUAGUGACUUAACAGAAGUUGAACUACAGAAAUUCCAGCAGUCGCUGUUCAAAUGGGUGAAGGUUCCCCUGAUUGAUCUUAGCGUUUAUGCAGUUUGAGGUGGAAAAAUGGUGUGAUAUUCUUAACAUUGACAGGUCUUAAAUUCGUGGAACUUGAAGAACCGAUGUAUGAUUUUUGUUCAAUUAAUUACUCCAUUAUCAUAUCAAUAUGUUUGGGGUUUCAUGUAAAAAUGCAUUGAUUGUUGUUGGGUUGACUGAAUAUUUAGGUAAAUUUCUUUGGGAUAGGAUUGUUGAAAUUGCUUCUAAAUUUAAUAAAUUAUCAGUCUCGGAUAACCUAUGCUGUUUUCUUAUUUUGCUGGAGCAUGCCAUUUUUAGGUUGCUUCUAAAUUUAAUAAAUUAUCAGUCUCUGUGAUAACCUAUGCAUCUAUGAACCAUCGGAUUGUGCUGGUAAUUUGCCGGCUGCGUUUGACCUUGAACAUGGUCGUUUCUUUCUAGGUUUUGAGCUCGAUCUGUGUCUUUGACAGAACUCCUGCGCAAGUUAUCUGAUGGUUCGGUAUCCAUAAACUGAUUGCUCCUGUCUUCUUUGGAAGCAACAGAACCAAUACCAUCGUCAGUAACAUCAACAUCAUAGUUCUAAACUUCACAUUUGUUUCCUCUUACAGAACUUGACCAGAAUAGAUUUCGUAGAGCAUGUGUAAAAUGUGUUUACGUAAUGUACGCAAACUUAAUUUCCACAUUGAGCUGACUAGUUUUUAACA